GGAGAGCGCUCGGUUCAGUCGUCGAGCGGAGUGCGUCGGCGCUGGUCGAGCUCUUGUCGCCUUAGUCGCAUCGCUCGGUACGUGAGACGCGCGGCGCACUCGGCCGUGCGCCCGUUCGGGAGUCGUUCGUGUGCCGCGGUUGUCGGAUACGGAAUGAAUUAUUGUGAAUAAGAUUUAAAUAUAAACAUUUUAUAAGUGAACCGUUUCAAGAACUGUUAUGUAACAAUGACUAGGACGUGUUUAAAUGUAAGGUGGAAUUAUGAGGAAAGUUGUUAGUGAAGUUAUAGUCUUAACAUAGAAUGGGUAUACUCAUGGAAACCACCAAAGUGAAUUUGGUCACUGCCAGAUAUCGAGGAAGUGGUGCAGAGUCGGAAUAUUUCGCGAUGGGAACUCCCCGGGAGGCUUUCUACGCGGACACAUUGCACACGAUCGCCAUUAAUACCAGGGAGACAGAAUUCGGUAGUAUCGUUGAGCCGAUACCGAUAACGCUCAAGACUUACAAGCCGUACCAAUCCCAGUGUUAUGGGUACCCGCAGCAGGUUGCUACACCCGCGGCUCCUGUGGUCCGGGUACCUGAGACCGAUAGACCAUCUCCAGCGAAAAGCGAUCCAAGUCCUGUUAAGGAAGCUAAGGAUGAUAUAAUCGCUAGGCCUCCUCCUAAAAAGAAAUGGAUCAAAGAGUACCUAGAGGAGGAACCGAAGACGCCGUUGUCGGUGCGAGUGGUGACCGGAGUAGCGGUGACGGCGCGCAGCAACGGCGUGGUGCGGCCGACGACGCCGGUGCCCUCCAUCGCCGCCCCAGUCCCCGUGCCCGCCCCCGCGCCAGCCGUCAUCGUCUCAGACCCGCCGCCCGCGCCCGCUGUGAUUCCCCCCGCGCCGGCUGUUAUUACCCCUGUGCCCCUCCACGAUUUCGUACAAGAACAUUCCAGGGCGCGCACUACGAGCAACAGUCAUGGGCUGCCACAAAUCCCAUCACCCCCUUCCGUGAGCAGCAGUGGCAGUGGAAGUGGCAGCAGUAGUUGCGCGCCGCGUGCCGGUACCAGAGAGGUCCACAAUAAGCUAGAGAAGAACCGACGCGCCCAUCUCAAGGAGUGCUUCGAGCUGCUCAAGAGACAGUUGCCCGCCACGUCAGAUGACAAGAAGACAUCCAACCUGUCCAUUUUAGGCUCAGCCAUCCGGUACAUACAGGUACUACGCCGCAAAGAGCGCGAAUGCGAACAUGAGAUGGAGAGAUUAGCUCGUGAAAAAAUCGCCGCGCAACAACGGCUCGCUGCUUUGAGACGAGAAGUCUCUGUAAGAACUAGUGGCGCGCGGCCCCGUAACAUUGAUGGCGUAGAUGAGAAAGAUAAUAUUGCAAAUGAUCAAGUUUUAGGAAUACCAAUUAGUAUAACUUCGUCUCCGCCACGAUCCGCGGCACCAAUGGAGUCAUCACCCCCCCGCACCCUAAACUUAAGUACGAAGUUGCGCGCGCUGCCUAUACAAAUCACGCCAACCACCUCGCAGGUGGUAAGAACUUCGUAUGGUUCCAGACAUCACAACACAUUAACUUUAACCACUCUCGGUCCAGCCGAAACAAAUACGCAGAAUGGACAAGUAAUGGAGAAUGGUGUAACCAAUACCCUUAGUACUACCCUAGUGCAUCCUGCUCAAAUACAUCUCCCCCUUUCGCAGGUGGUGGUGGCCCCGGCGGCGUUACAAUUACUGUCUGCCGGCGGCGGGCUUCGCGUGUUGCAAGCGCCCGCAGUACAUACUAAUGGUGUCGUGAGUACUGAAAAUAGUAGGAUAACAAAAGAAAAUGGAUUGGUGUCCACAGCUCCGGUGUCGACAGAAGGUGGUAGCGUGGUUGUGAGCGGACUAACGCCGCUGGUGAUGUCACAGUCCGGCACACAUCUUCUACAAACCCACACCCUCACACACAAGAUGGUUGAAACUCAGGUGGUGAAAGGCGGUGGCAGUGUGGCGCCUAUGACAGUCAGUACACAGUACCUAAGUUCGACUACCAUCGUGAAACCGAUGGUGGUAGUGUCCAGCGCCCACUCGCCGCCUGCGCCCUCCACGUGAAGGCGUCGUCUUCACGAAACCGUCCUGCACCUUAUUAUCGCCUGGUACUUCGUCACCUAUGUUGCUAAGUUUUUAUUUAAACCAGCGCUUUCUAGAAGAAUAAUUUGAGCAGAAAACAAGAAGAAUGUUUUUUAGUUUCGUUAAAACUAGAUAGAGAAUAUACUUUCUGCAUCAACUAUGCCUUUUAAAGUUAGAGGAGCAUUUCGUCCGUGGUGGGAAGAUGGUUGAACGCAUACAAUGUAAAUAAUGUCCUGUUCAUGUUUAAUAGAAUAACUUGUUGUUUACUGCCAAUUUAAGCAAUAAUAUGAAUAUGCGGAUGACGUCAUACUUAGAAUUGAUACGUCAUGAAUUCGAGAAUUCGCCUACUACCUCAGAUGCGGUAACCAUUCCUUUCAGAUCAUACACCAGAAUGAUUGCGCAAAAGUGACAGGAUCUCGUCUAUUCGCGUCUUUAGUUAAGAUCGUGUUCGGUUAAUGUGUAAAACUGUACUGUGCAUAUGAAUCAGACGGUGAUAGCAAAGUGACAAAUUGUGUGAUGGACACUUCAUGUGCCGAAAAGUCUAAAAACCGAAACUUCAAGUGUACACUUCACUUUAUAUUUUUCUACAGAUGAUAAAUUCCACAAUGUGAUAUACUACGAGUAUUCCACAAUGUGGUAUACAAUAAUGUAACGGAAUGAAUGUAAAAUAUUAUUUAAUAUUUAUUUAUAAAUAUCGAUAAAUAUAGG